AUGGCAAGGAUUGUGUUGCUGUUAAUGGCCCUUUCCUUGAUCUCCAUCCCCCCUUUACUUGCUACAGCAUUGUUUCAUGUCAAAGGUUCUGUUUACUGUGAUACCUGUCGCGCUGGAUUCGAAACCAACGCCACCUUCUACAUUCAAGGUGCAAAGGUGGGAAUUCAGUGCCACGACAGGAAGACGAUGGACGAAGUUUUCUACACGGAAGGAGUGACAGAUUCGACCGGAACAUACAACAUUAUGAUUGAGAAUGAUCACUAUGACCAUAUUUGCAAAUGUGUGCUUGUUAGUAGUCCAAUAAAAUCUUGUAAUACACCAGAUCCCGGGCGUAACAGAUCUAGCAUUGUUCUUACUCACUACAAAAAUGGUGUUCUCAACCAUCUUCAUUAUGCGAAUUCUAUGGGUUACUUGAAGGAUGAGCCAUUGCCUCAAUGCCACCAACUCCUCAAAUAUUACUUGUCUGAUUCAGAUAUAUGA